CCAAGAAACCAACAAAAAAAAUCUUAAUUUUUUAUACUUAAAACAGGUUCCUUCUGAAAUUAAAUUGCCAAUAUUGUAUUUAAUUGAUUCUAUUGUAAAAAAUGUUAAAAGCACUUAUGUGCAACUCUUCAGCCAAUGUAUUGUCAAUAUAUUUUGUGGAGCCUUUGAAAAGGUUAAUGAAAAAAUCCGGGAACGCAUGUAUGCUUUACGGCAAACCUGGAAUGAGGUAUUCUCGGCACAAAGAUUAUAUGCUUUAGAUGUUAAAGUUAAACGUUUGGAUCACAAUUGGCCCAUAACCGCCAAACAACCAUCAAUACAUGUUAAUCCAAAUUUUCUAAAGGCUAAUAAUGCCCAGGCUAUACCCACAGAAAUGGAGAAAAUUUUACAGGAUAAAACCAGAGAACUGUUGGAAUUGAAAAAACGUAAAUUAGAAUUGGAAUUGGAGGCCACUAAGAAACAUUUAGAGGAACAGGAAAAACAAUUCUCUAAGACAGCAGAAGGUGUUAUAGCACCAGUAGAGGCAUUAGUGGCGGCCAAUAGUUUACAGACUGUAGGCAUUAGGGGAGCAGCUAUGCCAACACAAAUGAUGCCUGGUCUUAUGGCACCCGGCUAUAUGGGGGGUCCUAGCAUAGCUGUUAAUCCAGCCAUGAGACCAGCCAUGUUUCAUGCUAAUAUAAGAGGUUUUCGACCUAAUCUACACCCCAACAUGAUGAAUAAUACAGCACAGGGAAUGCAGGGCGGUAAUAUGAUGCCAGCAGCUAUGAAUGCAGCAAAUCUUAACAAACCCAAGGUGCAUCCGGUCAAUUCAGCUUUGUUAAACUCGGUAAGACAAAGAGAUCCACGCCUGCAGCGCCAACAGCAACAACAGCAGCAGCAGCAGCAACAAAUGCAACAGCAGCAAAUGCAACAAAAUAAUGAAAGAUCUUUGGCGGCGCAACAGCAAAAUGUACGCUCCUCCCAUUUGGACAAAGAUAAACAUGAACGUAAUCACAAAAGUAGCCACAAGUCACCAACACGCAUUAACUCCAGCAGUCGUUCUUCGGGCAGCAGUAGCAGUCGUUCUAGUAAAAGUUCUCAACGUGAUAAAGAGCGAGAACGUGAUAGGGAACGUAAACGUAGUGAAUCAAAAAGUUCUACCACUUCAUCCUCAUCUUCUGGCUCGAAUGCAACUAAUAAUGAGCGUAAAAAAGGAUUUUCUAAAACAGACAAAACAACUUCAAAGUGUGAUAAAGAUGCCUUUGAGAUUGCUCCUUUGGCAACAGCAUUUAAACGCAAAUCUACAUCACCCACAUCGUCACCCACUAAAUCACGUGAUUCAAAACGUUCCAGUAGCCAUAAAACACGUAAUUUAUCACGCAGUAAAACAAGAUCACGUAGUCGUUCUCCUGAUGAUAAAACCAACAACUCACGAACAACAUUUGGUGAUGUUGAUCUUAGACGUAAUUCUACUUCAUCAACAUCAUCUUCUAUGAUAAACUCACCAGAAAAACGACCAAAAAUAAUAGAUUCUGAUCAAGAAACUUGCAGCAAAAAUAAUAAAAAGGAAGAUUUAUUAAAAACAACAACAACAACAACAGUGGCCAAUAAUAACAACAACAACAAUAGCGAAAAAGAACUAGACAAAAAAAAAUCUACAGAAAAUAUACUAUCACCAGAAACAACAACUGCAGCUGCAGCGUCUCUCAACACAAAUCGUUCCAGUACGGAUACUCUAAAGGAAACGGAGACUAUGUUGAAGAAAGAUGAGGUAGCCGCCGCCGGCAGCCAAGUAAGUAAAGAUGUUGAAGAGGACGGCAAGAAAAGACCUUUGGCUCCGGUCAAAGAUGAAGAACCCCUGGCUAAAAAGAGUAAAUCGGCUAAACUUGAUGCGUUAUUUGGCUCGGAAGAUGUAGAUUUGAGACAACUAAUACCACCGGUUUUGACGGUUUCCACUUCUCCACAAGAUGAUAUAGCUCCUCCUCCACCAGCCAUUAAUAUAACUGGCGAUGUGUCCAGAGAAAGAAAUGAAAAUUGGGAUAAUCUCAAGACUGAUAACAAUAAGAAUGCUACCACUAAAGCUAAAUCAAGUCUUGAGGAUGUGCGUGCAAAACUGGCUAAAACCGCUAAAUUUAAUAAACUUUCCAAAUUAGAUAAACUUACUCGUGAUAUUGAUCAUCGCAAUAAAUUGGCCGAAUUGCAAAUGAAUGAUGAUACCCAGGAGGCAAAUGAUGAGAAAAUACGCACCAUGAUUAGCCAAGCUCAAGAGCUACUGGAAACCAAAUCGAUCAGUCAAGAUCAAUAUAAACAUUUGGUCAAAACUGUCAUGUCUAUUAAUGAAACUAAUAAACUGAAAGAAGCCCAAAGACGGGAAUCACUAAAUGCCAUUAAACAAAAAACCAUUAAUACAGAUGAAGGUUCCAAUGAUUCUACAGAACGUAAUAUGGCCAUGCAGGCGAUAUUAAAGAAACGUAUACCCAAGUUAAAUAAGGGACAAACAGCGGUCGGUGAGCAAAAUACAGAUUCACAACAAAGCGAAGGUAGUAAUGGCAAUAAUGAAGGUUCACCAAGAGCGCCAGACGAUAAACAAGAUGUUAGUGAGGAGCUGCAGCAAGCUACCAAUAGAACAAAUAGAGGUCAGAGAGAAAAACGUGGCCCCAAAGUGUCUAAAUGGGGAGAACGUGUUAUUGAACCGCCCACAGGAGUUAAUAUGCCUAUGGGACCACAACAAGGACAGCAAGGACGACCUUGGAAUCCUUUAAUGGCUGGCAAUAAAAGAGGUAUGCCACAAUUCCGUGGCAAUGGGCCACAAAAUGUACGUCCCUCUUGGCCCAUGGCUGGUGGCAAUAUGAAUGGCCCACCCCAGGGACCUCCACUUUAUGGCAAAGGUAAUAUGGGUCCUAUACGUGGCAAUAAUAUGCCUCCUGUGGCACCACCACAAGCACCUGUCAUACCCAAACCCUGUAAUUCCAUAGACAAUCCCCAAGAGGAUCUAGUGCGCACCAUAACCAUAGAUGGCGCUGCCAAAGAAAUACGUUUUUAUGACCAAGUGGCUAUCGUUUUUAUGGAGGUAGAUCAACCACGUGAAAUAGGUUUCCAAAAUGGUCAGCGAGCCAUUUGUAUAGACAACAACGAACCCGUGGUAUUGCACUUCAAUGCCGGCUAUAAAGCCGUGCAAAUCGAAGGUGAAACUUUCAAUCUACGUUUUGGUUUUCCCUCACGUGAACUGUACAUUGAUGAGCACUGGUAUGAAAUCUAUUUUGGUGGCCCACCCAUUAGUGUACCCAUACGUAAUAAAAUACACAUGCUCAAGGCCGAAGGACCACCACCUCAAGUAAAUAUUGGUCCUUUGCGUCGAGAUUUGGUAGUGGGUAAGAUAAACAUGAUUGUGGAUGCUCACAAUGUUAUUCCGCUGUUUUUGGAUGCACGCAUGCAAACCUUCAAAUUAGCAGACAAUGAGCAUACCAUACAGUUUGCUGACAGUCUUCUAACGGUUAUCCUAGAUGGCACUCCUACACGCGUAGAAUAUGGUGGUUUGCCUAAGAGUUUAUUUUUGGGCGGUAAGAAAUAUUUUGUACGUUUCGGCGCUUUGCCUCAGGGUGUAAUAGCGGGAAAAGUACAAAUUAAGGAUAUGUUGUAUGUGGAAACACAACCACCGGCUAAAGAGGAGUUGCCUGUUGAAACAAUGGAUACUUUACCUUUACCAGUCGCCGCAGCAACUGAUAUAAAUAAAGUGGAAUUGCAAACAACACCCGCAGCACCUUCUGUACCCAUACUGCCAGCAGCGGCUCUUAGUAAUAUUAAUAUAGAUGAACUUUUCCAGAAAUUAGUAUCCACUGGUAUAUUGGGUGGUGCUAGUGGUAUAUUGCCAGCUAUUAAUACUAAGACAGCGGAGGUUACUCCCGCAGACACUGCUAAAUCCACAGAAAGUGAUAAAACGGUAAAUGUUGUUUCUUCAGAAUCUAACACAACCGAAGAAGUGGCCCCACCAGCACCCUCUGUACAUAUGGAACCCAUUAAGCCCAUAGACCUAUCAAAACCGGAAUCCAUUAAAACACGCCAAUCAGCCAUAGUGGAGACACUUUUCUCCGGUAUGCAGUGCAGUAGUUGUGGUGUACGCUUUCCACCCGAACAAACCAUUAAAUACAGUCAACAUUUGGAUUGGCAUUUCCGACAAAAUCGUCGUGAGCGUGAUUCUUCACGCAAGGCUCAUGCACGUAAAUGGUAUUACGAUCUCAACGAUUGGGUGCAAUACGAAGAAAUCGAAGAUAUCGAAGAAAGGGAAAAGAACUUUUUCGAUUCACAACAAAACGAUCCAGAGAUCAUGGAUGAAACCUCCAAUCAACGUUCCACCAACUCACCCAUACCCACUUGCCCCGCCGGAGCAGAUGAUGUUGAUCGUGCCUGUGAUAUGUGUCAAGAGAAAUUCGAACAAUACUAUGAUAAUGAACUGGAAGAAUGGCACUUACGUUGUGCCAUUAGGAUUGAGGAUAAAAUCUAUCAUCCGCUGUGUUAUGAAGACUACAAGGCAUCACUUAAUCCUCCUGCCAAAACAAGUGAAACUGAGGAAGAAACUGCUAAUAACGACAACAAUGAAAUAUCACUUAUACAAAUCGAUGAUGAUAAUGCUGUCGAUAUUGUUAUAAAAGUGGAGGAAGAGGAUAAAGAUGCUAAGGGUAAACCCACCAAUUCACUAGAUGAUGAUGACGAUGAUGUUAUUGUUUUGCCCAACGAAGAGCCAUCAGUUACCGAAAUCGUGGACGAUGAUGAUGACGACGAUGAAUACGUGCCGGCUAAUGUGACACGAGAACAUAUGGGUAAUAUGAAUGAAGAGGAUGAGGGUCAGGGCGAACUCAACGAAACUACAGAAUCUGAUGUGGAAAUACAGGAACCUCAUAUACCAUUUACGGAUUUGGAUACCUAUGUAGAAAAGGAAUUACCCGAGGGAGAUGAAGCUUCCCAAAUGUCCUUUAUGAAUGUUAAGAUAAAGGAGGAGCCCAAGGAAGACGAAGAUGAGGAUGAUGGUUUUGAGGAAGUGGGUACUGUAGUACAAGCACCCGAAGAAGUCUCCAUUAGUAUAAGUGAAGAAACCCAAACACAAACCAUAGAUUCAUCAAAUCCCGCUUUAUCGCCCCUUAACGAAAGACCACCUUCAACAGCCUCCUCGCUGCAACACAAUGAAGACAUCGAAUCUUUAAUGGAACCGCCCGCCGUAGAUUUAAAUAUCUCCAUGGAUGGUAACAUAGAUACCGGCGACGAACACAAUCUGUCCGCUGCCGGUCCUGUUCCUACUGUGCCCUUGGCUAGUUUAGUUAAUAAGAUUAAAAUAAAUAUAACCAAGAACACUGUAACCACAAAUAGCAAUACUAGUACUAGUAGUAAUAAUGCCACAGCAUCCUCAACGAUGUCGUCUAAUUUAAACCACAAUCAAACAGAUAGUUUAGGUCAUAUCUCAAAUCCUAUACCCACCAUCUCAACCAUACCGGUGUUGUGUGGUGGCGGUACCACAAUCAGUUCCAUAUCGAGUAGUCUGAUAGGCGGCGGCGGUGCUGGAAACGGUGGUGAGUUCAAUGAACACGAAGACUAUGGUGAAAAUAGUGUAAGUACGAUUUCCGUUAUAGGCAGUUAUGGCAGCACAGUACCUACAAUUUCCCAUAUAAACCGACCCGUUGUGUCAGCAACUCCCACUGUAACAGCACCAAAACCCGUCACACCGCCUCCUGUAGAAGAAACCAUAACGUAUGAUCUAAAACCUGCGCUACAAAAGGCUAGCUUAAGGAAAAAAGAAAAGGUGGUGUGCGGCAAUGAGACUUCAGGUCUUUGUUCCAUUAUGUAAACUUUUUGUUAUAUACAACGACUGCUGGAGUAAAUAGUAGUCGUUGUUUUGUUUUGUUAAUGGUUGGUAAUAAUUUCGUUACCUCGUGAACCCAAAUCCCUGCUCCCUCCCCAAGAAAAACCAUCUUUUUGUAUAUAUUUAACUUUAACGCGUUGGAAUUCCUUUAUCAUGGAAAUAGGCUUUGGAUGCCUGUUAACUGCAACAACAUCAUCUCUAACUAUUCGUUGAUUAGUAUUUAGUGUCUCUUUAUUUAUAUAAACGUAUAUACAUAACAACAAAUAUGUUAAGUGUAACCAUAAUUAAAUUCAAAUUUUAAACCUGGUUAAACUUUUUCUAAAGGCCUCUGUUGUUUAGGGCCUAACUCCCUACAAAUAUGGGUAAAUUUUAUUUUUUUGUUUCUUUAUAAUUUUUUAUUUUAUUUUAACUACUACAUGUUCACUCUCUCUUCCUUCAAGUGGAUGAUCAACGUUUAAAAUCCAAAUUGUAAUAAUUUGGAAACGCAAAUGUUUUGUUUCAAAGAACACAACCUCCCCCCCCCCCCCCCUCUUAGUACUUUUUUAUUCCUAUAUUCCUUCCCUUUAAGUACUUUAUUAAUUUUAAUUUAUUAAUUACUGAGAAUAUACAUAAUAUAUUUAAAAAAAACACAAAAUAUAUAUAAAAAAAACAAUAAUUAAAAAGAAAGAUAAUAAAAAAUUUUUAAAUAAAAAAAUUCUAAAAA